AUGGAUAUUGAUGGACCUGAAUUUAUCCUGGAGGUGAAUGAAGCCAUUGCUGCCGUUCGAUUAAGGAAAACUGGGGAUAUGAAGGAUACUUUUUCUCAACAACCUACUACUUCUACGUGUUUCCAGAGGGUAGCUGUCAUUGAUACCAACUUUUUAAUAUCCAAUCUGAGUUAUCUUCAACAUUUAUUGACAGAAGCAGAAAAACAUCCAGAUGUUCUAUUGGCGAUUAUUCCUUGGACUGUUGUAUUGGAAUUGGAUGGAUUAAAAUCACAACAACGUGAAGGUGGCAUGACUCAAUUAGAAGAACGUGCUCGAAGGGCUAUUCGAUUCUUGGAAGCUACUUUACAACGCAAGUCAUCCGGUCUUCGUGGUCAAAGAAGAGAUGAAGUAUAUGAUCGAAAUACAGCUCAAACAGCCAUGAUUCAUCAUAUAGACGCUUUAUCUGCAGAAGACAAAACAAGGAUGGUGGAUUUACUUAGUAUGGUAGCAAAAGGGGAAAAGGUAUAA